GACAAUAUAAAUGUAUAAAUAUUCAGAGCAUUUACUCAAAGGUAGCUGUAAAAAUGUUCCAUAACAAGUGCAGGUACUUUAAUGUAUGUAGACUGUUGGCUGAUUGAUGUAGAACAUUCUAAAAAUACAUCAUGUGAUAAAACCUUCCUAUAUAAGCUGAUGUGCUCAUCGCUGCUUCAAAUGUGGCGCAAAAAGCACAAUUAUUUCCCUCUGGAAGUGGAGCGAGAGAAUAACAACAAUGUGACAUCUAAUGGAAACACGAGUCAUUAAUGUACGUAGGUAAAUAAAUGACACCGUUGGUUCCAACAGUGUCAUUUAUUGGAAGUCACUGACGCUCAAAGACGGAAAAUACACCAAUCAGAAUCUCUCUCCCGCCCGCGCGCACACACACACACACACACACACACACACACACACACACACACACACUCUCUGUGACAGUUCAACGGGGCACAGACGGGAUCUUGGGGCAGCAGAGACAGUUUUCAUUUCAUUUGAGAACCGAGAAAGAGGAGCGGACGCACCAUGGAAUCCGCGCUGUCCGCCUGCUUUCUGCUCCUCUGGACGCUGUCAGCGUCUGACCGCGUCAAAGCAGCGUCUGACUUCGAAGUGACCGACAACGAGUACGAGAUUGAGCUGCGUUGUAGCAACGGCAGCACAUUGAUGAAACUAAAUGAAAAAGGAGAGUCUGUCACCUAUUCACUGGAUUCACUGGAUUCACUGGAUUACGACGAUUCCAGCUCGGGGGAGUACCAGUGUGGGAAGGACGGAUCGAAGAUCUUUGUGAAGUUUCAUACCUGCAAUAACUGCAUCGAGGCCGAUGCGCCCGCCAUCGCAGGGAUGAUCGUGGGGAACGUGGUGGCGACGCUGGUGAUCGGGGUGGCCGUGUACCUGGUGGCGUCUCAGAUUCCCGGCGACGGCAUCAAGGGUCACGGCCCCCCCGGCCCCCCCCCCCGCCGCCGCCGGCUUUUCUCCCCGCGGCGCUGCUGCUUCAAACGGCGCCAUGAGCCCCACUGAUGAUCACUACCAGCCGCUGCAAGCUCAUCAGAAAGGCCUGUAUGACAGGCUGCAGGGGAAAAGAGGGCAUCACACCGCCAGAUGAAAACACACGUGCCAUUUUAUCCGUGUACCUCAAACAUCAGCAGGAGGGCUCGGUCUAU